AUGCAAAUUGGAAUAUCAGAGGAUCAAAAUAGGAAAUAUAGGAAAACUAUGGAAGAUAAAGUGACAGUUAUUGAGGAUUUCAAUAACAUAAAUGAUCAAUUAUACGUUGGAUUGUUUGACGGCCACGCUGGAAAAUCAUUAUCUGACUACUGUGGGGCUAAUCUACACGAAAGAAUAUUGAGUAAUUUGGAGAAAGAGAAAGAGAUUUCAGAUAAUUUAAACGCGUCAUUUUUAUCAAUUGAUAAUGAACAGUCAUUGUCUAGUGGAUGUACAGCUGUUGUUAGUCUAAUCCUACACCAAGGGAUGAACAAAGAAAUCAACCAGGAUAAAAGAGAAGCGGAAGGAGCCAGAACAUUGUACACAGCCAACGUCGGUGACGCUAGAGCAGUUCUAUGCAGAGCAGGUCAAGCAAUUAGAUUAACCUACGACCACAAGGGAUCAGACGAUAAUGAGCAGAAGAGGAUAAUGGAUGCUGGUGGAUACAUACUUAAUGGGAGAGUGAAUGGAGUAUUGGCAGUCACAAGAGCAUUAGGGGAUAGUCCAAUGAAGCAAUACGUCGUAGGUUCACCAUACACCACAGAAAUAGACAUCACCGACGAUGACGAAUGGUUGGUUAUCGCCUGCGAUGGCUUAUGGGAUGUCGCAACUGACAGCGAGGUCUGCGAACUGAUAAAAGAGUGCAAAUCUGGUGAGGAGGCUAGUAAAUUAUUAUUAGAAUACGCUUUAAAUAAUUUAUCGACCGAUAAUUUAUCGAUUGUUGUAAUUAAAUUUUAA